GAGUCGCGCACGCGCGCCGGGGACUGCCUGCCCCUCUCUGUGACUUGCCUCUGUGUGUGCGUGUGAGUGUGUGUGCGCGCGCGCGCGCGCGUGUAUGAGAGAGAGAGAGGAGAGGGGAAGAGACUGCGAGAGAGGGUGAGUGUGUGUGAGUGCAUGGGAGGGUGCUGAAUAUUCCGAGACACUGGGACCACAGCGGCCACACGGCUGAAAACUGCAUCCAGCCAGUCCUCCGGACUUCGGGAGCGGGGACAGGGCGCAGGGCAGCAGCCACCAGCAGGACCUGGGAAAUAAGGCUUUUUCUGCUUGCACUCCAGGUUUUUAGCAGCUUGGUGCUAAAUUGUUCUCUCAAAAUGCAGAGGAUCUAAUUUGCUGAGGAAAACGGCUGAAGAAGGAAGAGGAGGAAAAAGGAAACAAGGGUAUUUUGUGGAUGCUCUACUUUUCUUGGAAAUGCAAAAGAUUAUGCAUAUUACUGUCCUCCUUUCUCCUGUUUUUUGGGGACUGAUUUUUGGUGUCACUUCUAACAGCAUACAGAUAGGGGGGCUAUUUCCGAGGGGCGCUGAUCAGGAAUACAGUGCAUUUCGGGUAGGGAUGGUUCAGUUUUCCACUUCGGAGUUCAGACUGACACCCCACAUCGACAAUUUGGAGGUAGCGAACAGCUUCGCAGUCACCAAUGCUUUCUGCUCCCAGUUUUCAAGAGGAGUCUAUGCCAUUUUUGGAUUUUAUGACAAGAAGUCUGUAAAUACCAUCACAUCAUUUUGUGGAACGCUCCAUGUCUCCUUCAUCACUCCCAGCUUCCCUACAGAUGGCACACACCCAUUUGUCAUUCAGAUGAGACCUGACCUCAAAGGAGCACUUCUUAGCUUGAUCGAAUACUAUCAAUGGGAUAAGUUUGCAUAUCUCUAUGACAGUGACCGAGGCUUAUCGACACUGCAAGCCGUGCUGGAUUCUGCUGCGGAAAAGAAAUGGCAAGUGACUGCUAUCAAUGUGGGAAACAUUAACAAUGACAAGAAAGAUGAGACCUACCGAUCACUUUUUCAAGAUCUGGAGUUAAAAAAAGAACGGCGUGUAAUCCUGGACUGUGAACGGGAUAAAGUGAACGACAUUGUAGACCAGGUUAUUACCAUUGGAAAACAUGUUAAAGGGUACCACUACAUCAUUGCAAAUCUGGGUUUUACUGAUGGAGACUUAUUAAAAAUCCAGUUUGGAGGUGCAAAUGUCUCUGGAUUUCAGAUAGUGGACUAUGAUGAUUCCCUGGUAUCGAAAUUUAUAGAAAGAUGGUCAACACUGGAAGAAAAAGAGUACCCCGGAGCACACACGACAACAAUCAAGUAUACUUCUGCCCUGACCUACGAUGCUGUGCAAGUGAUGACUGAAGCUUUCCGCAAUCUCAGGAAGCAGAGGAUUGAAAUCUCCCGAAGGGGCAACGCUGGAGACUGUCUGGCAAACCCAGCAGUCCCCUGGGGACAGGGGGUAGAAAUAGAAAGGGCUCUCAAGCAGGUUCAGGCUGAAGGUCUCUCAGGAAAUAUCAAGUUUGACCAGAAUGGAAAACGAAUAAACUAUACGAUCAACAUCAUGGAGCUCAAAACAAAUGGGCCGCGGAAGAUUGGAUACUGGAGUGAAGUGGACAAAAUGGUGGUUACACUUACCGAGCUCCCUUCUGGAAACGAUACGUCUGGGCUUGAGAAUAAGACUGUCGUUGUCACCACGAUUUUGGAAUCUCCAUAUGUUAUGAUGAAAAAAAAUCAUGAACUGCUUGAAGGCAAUGAGCGCUAUGAGGGCUACUGUGUUGACUUGGCUGCAGAAAUCGCCAAGCAUUGUGGGUUCAAGUACAAGUUGACAAUUGUUGGGGAUGGCAAGUAUGGGGCCAGGGAUGCUGACACAAAAAUUUGGAAUGGGAUGGUUGGAGAACUUGUAUAUGGGAAAGCUGAUAUUGCAAUUGCACCAUUAACUAUUACCCUUGUGAGAGAAGAGGUGAUUGACUUCUCAAAGCCCUUUAUGAGCCUCGGGAUAUCUAUCAUGAUCAAGAAGCCUCAGAAGUCCAAACCGGGAGUGUUUUCAUUUCUUGAUCCUUUAGCCUAUGAGAUCUGGAUGUGCAUUGUUUUUGCCUACAUUGGGGUCAGUGUAGUUUUAUUCCUGGUCAGCAGAUUUAGCCCCUACGAGUGGCACACUGAGGAGUUUGAAGAUGGAAGAGAAACACAAAGUAGUGAAUCAACUAAUGAAUUUGGGAUUUUUAAUAGUCUCUGGUUUUCCUUGGGUGCCUUUAUGCAGCAAGGAUGCGAUAUUUCGCCAAGAUCCCUGUCCGGCCGCAUUGUUGGAGGUGUGUGGUGGUUCUUUACCCUGAUCAUAAUCUCAUCCUACACGGCUAAUUUAGCCGCCUUCCUGACUGUAGAGAGGAUGGUGUCUCCCAUCGAAAGUGCUGAGGAUCUUUCGAAGCAAACAGAAAUUGCUUAUGGGACACUAGACUCCGGCUCCACGAAAGAGUUUUUUAGGAGAUCUAAAAUCGCAGUGUUUGAUAAAAUGUGGACCUACAUGAGAAGCGCAGAGCCCUCUGUGUUUGUGAGGACUACAGCUGAAGGGGUAGCUAGAGUACGGAAGUCCAAAGGAAAAUACGCCUACUUGCUGGAGUCCACAAUGAAUGAGUACAUCGAGCAGAGGAAGCCUUGUGACACCAUGAAAGUUGGUGGAAAUCUGGAUUCCAAAGGCUAUGGCAUCGCAACACCUAAAGGAUCCUCAUUAAGAAAUGCGGUUAACCUCGCAGUACUAAAACUGAAUGAACAAGGCCUGUUGGACAAAUUGAAAAACAAAUGGUGGUACGACAAAGGAGAGUGCGGCAGCGGGGGAGGUGAUUCCAAGGAAAAGACCAGUGCCCUCAGUCUGAGCAACGUUGCUGGAGUAUUCUACAUCCUUGUCGGGGGCCUUGGUUUGGCCAUGCUGGUGGCUUUGAUUGAGUUCUGUUACAAGUCAAGGGCUGAGGCGAAGCGAAUGAAGGUGGCAAAGAAUGCACAGAAUAUUAACCCAUCUUCCUCGCAGAAUUCACAGAAUUUUGCAACUUAUAAGGAAGGUUACAACGUAUAUGGCAUCGAAAGUGUUAAAAUUUAGGGGAUGACCUUGAGUGAUGCCGUGAGGAACAAGGCAAGGCUGUCAAUUGCAGGAAGUACUGGAGAAAAUGGACGUGUUAUAACUCCAGACUUUCCAAAAGCAGUGCAUGCUGUCCCCUACGUGAGUCCUGGCAUGGGAAUGAAUGUCAGUGUGACUGGUCUCUCAUGAUUGAUAAGAACCUUUUGAGUGCCUUACACAACGGUUUUCUUGUGUGUUUAUUGUCAAAGUGGUAAGAGGCAUCAAGUAUCCUGAAGAAUUUUCUUUCAGCCAAGAAUUCUUAAAUAUGUGGAGUUCAUCUUGAAUUGUAAGGACUGAUUAAUUAAAAACCCAACAUCGUUUUCUACUCGAGUUACAGACGAAGCUUGGUGGACAUGCACAGCUAACACGGAAGUACUACAAUGUAACUGAAGUCUUUGUACAGACAACAACCCGUUUCUGCAGCCACUGUUGUUAGUCUCUUGAUUCAUAAUGACUUAAGCACACUAGACAUCAACUGCAUCAAGAUGUGACAUGUUUUAUAAGAAAAAGGAAGAAAAAAAUUUAAAAUUAAAAAAAAAUAUUUUUAGGUAUUUUCACAAACUGGCUUUUAAAUAAAUUUGCUUCCGUAUUGGUUGGAUAAGACAAAAACCAUUAAACUGAGAGGGAAGUGAUUUAAAAAGGCUUUAGGUAUCUGUUCCAUAUUUUUCAAAGCCAAAUAUGUAAUGCUAAGGAGAGAAAACAAAGAAAAGAUUCACAUCUUGUAAUUUAAUAUUGUUAUUAAAACUUUAAUGUAUCCUAUUCUUUAACAUUUGGUGUUAAUAUAAAAUUACUUGGCAAUGCUUGACAUUUGAAAUAAACAUUUUCUAUUGUUUUAUUUUUAAGUGGUCCCAUUAAUUUUGCUUAGCUACAGUUUGGUCAUAAAUCAAGUGAAUUUAAAGACACUCUUUAGCUGUUAGGUUCCCCAGAGAAAAUUGCCCCUUUAAGAAGGCCAGGUGACUUUUCCAAUAUAAAUUAGCCUCAAAAUAAUAUCUAAAUCUGUUUUUGGCAUAAGUCUUACUCUCUAUAAAGUAAUAUUUGUUAACAAAAGCAUUUUAUCUAGAUAGAUACAUGCUAAUGGAUUAAAAAAGCUAAUAUUAAAAAACAAAUAGUGGAAUAUGUGAGGUUGCAUUUUAAAGUGUUGGAGUUUACAGAGGAGAAGCAUUACUUGUAAAUGAAGUCAGAAAUGCUUUGAAAGUAGCUUUUUAGAUUGUUGCCCAUAUAUCAAAUUCAAUAAACUAAAUCUGUAUUUUUAAAAUUAUAGGAAAUUCCAUAAACCUUAAAUAUUAUGAAUAUUUUAAGCACUUUUGAGUCCCUGCAGUAUCAUUACUCCCCACUGCCACCAUCGAUAAUGACAAGCCUAAUGUGUUAACGCUCAUAUUUCUUCCUCAGGUGGAAGGACUAUUUUAAUAUGCCCUAUGUGGAAAAAAGUCACAUUUAUGUACCUAAGUGCUUGUAUUUCUGUAGCUAAAAAUGUUUAAAGGAGUACUCUUUCUCUUCAUAAAAUACCUUUUAUUUUCAUUAGAACCCCUCAAAUAAAAUUAAUCUAGACUUGUAAACAAUUAUUGACACCCAACAGUUAUUUUCAGUAUUUUUAUUCUUGCUAUUUCUGCAAAUAAGCUUUGGUGUAGCACUUGGUAUUUUACAAAGUGCUAUUAAAACACCCGAUUUAUUACAUGUUAUAGAAGGAAAGAGGAAAUGUAGGGAUUCACAGCAACUACUUUCCUUGAAGAUGGUGGCAUAUGGUAUCACGAUAUUCUCCACGAAAUUUAACUGUCCCUAACCAUAAAUUCCAAGAUAGAUCAAUAUAAUUUUAGUGCAUUUCUCCUCAUCAGGAAUGUUGGAGGUGCAUUUUAAGUUUUAAUAAUAAAUGCUAGAAUGACCAAAUUGCAGACUAAUUGUUUCCUUAUUGUACUUCAAAUGAGUUUUUAAAACAACAAAACAAGGGAUGACUAUAUACAAUCAAAGCUAUUUAUUGUACCUCUGGGCCUACUCUUCUAAAAAUUGUAGCUUAUAAAUUUUUCGCUGUCAAGCUUGAUCUCAUGUAAAUAAUUGAAAUAAUGUAAAGUUAUAUUUUCAUGUUUUUAUAGAUACAACAUGACAAGAAUACAUAAUGUAAGAGUAUUGCAACUAUGGAUAGUGUUGAUCGGAUAAUGCACAUCUCAGUUACAAGCAGUAAUCAUAGUUUAAUAUCCGUGUAACGGUGCAUCAGUAUAUUGCUAUAUAAACAUGUCUGUGUGCAUAUAAGUGAAAAGUGGUCAAGCAAGAAUGAUGACAGCUGUCUAAAGGUUUUUUUAUUCAUUUUAUAUAAAAACUGUUAUGGAAAGACCAAAAUGUUUAUGAACUAUUCUUAUGUAUAUUUACAACUGUCUUCAAUUGUACGUUUUUGUUUACAGUAUAGUACCUUAUUUUCUGCCGUGUUAAGUGGGUGUCAGAAAUCCAAGGAGACAUACACUUUCUACAACUUCUAUUGAAGAUAUUGGGAUUUCCAAUUUUUUCAUGUGUACUAUGUCAGAAAAUGCUUUUGAUUUUAUUUUUAAAUCUAACAUCGGAUGGCUUUUUCGGAGUGUUGUAAAAACUUCAAUCAUACAUAAAACAUGUUCUUACAAAAGGCAAA